AUGGCGGAUCUAGAAGCAGUAUUGGCCGAUGUGAGCUAUCUUAUGGCUAUGGAGAAGAGUAAAUCUACUCCAGCAGCCAGGGCCAGCAAGAAAAUAGUUCUCCCAGAUCCAAGUGUAAGGAGUGUUAUGCACAAACAUCUAACAAAAAACCACGAAGUUACGUUUGAUAAAAUAUUUAACCAAAAAAUAGGUUUUCUGCUAUUUAAGGAUUUUUGUAAUACUGUAUUAGAAGAACAAGUACCACAGUUGAAAUUUUAUGAAGAGAUUAAAAAAUUUGAAAAAUUAGAUUCUGAUGAAGAAAGAAUAAAAACUGGAAAAGAAAUUUACGACCAAAAUAUCAUGAAGGAACUUCUGUCUCAAUCACAUACCUACACAAAAGAAGCAGUCAAUCAUGUUCAAGAAGCUCUUACACAGGCUCAAAAAACACGGUCCUUAGAUCCAGGUAUAUUUGAGCCAUAUAUAGAUGAAAUAUGUAAUACACUAAAGGGUUAUAUAUUUGACCAAUUCCUGGAAAGUGAGAAAUAUACAAGGUUUUGUCAAUGGAAAAAUUUAGAAUUAAAUAUAAAUUUAACAAUGAAUGAUUUUAGUGUACAUAGAAUAAUAGGCCGUGGUGGUUUUGGUGAAGUUUACGGGUGUCGGAAGGCAGAUACAGGAAAAAUGUAUGCAAUGAAAUGCUUAGAUAAAAAACGUAUUAAAAUGAAGGGUGGUGAAACAUUAGCCCUUAAUGAAAGAAUAAUGUUAUCAUUAGUCAGUACAGGGGUAAGGUCACCAUUUAUUGUGUGUAUGACAUAUGCAUUUCAAACUCCAGAAAAACUGUGUUUUAUACUAGAUUUAAUGAAUGGUGGCGAUUUACAUUAUCAUUUAUCACAACAUGGGGUGUUCUCUGAGAAAGAAGUACGAUUUUACGCAUCCGAGGUGAUGUUAGGUCUAGAACACAUGCAUAGUAGAUUUGUUGUCUAUAGAGAUCUUAAGCCUGCCAAUAUAUUAUUAGAUGAAACUGGUCAUGUUCGAAUCUCAGAUUUAGGUUUAGCUUGUGAUUUUUCAAAGAAAAAACCACAUGCCAGUGUGGGUACUCAUGGUUAUAUGGCCCCAGAGGUCUUACAGAAAGGCACAGCAUAUGAUUCUAGUGCUGACUGGUUUUCAUUUGGUUGUAUGCUCUACAAAUUAUUAAAGGGACACAGUCCUUUUAGGCAGCAUAAAACUAAAGAUAAGCAUGAAAUAGACAGAAUGACUAUGACAAUGAAUGUGGAGUUACCUGACACUAUGACACCUGAAAUGAAAGGAUUAUUAGAAGGUUUAUUAAAGAGAGAUGUAGAGGAAAGGUUGGGGUGUAAAGGUCGUGGUGCUGCGGAAGUAAAAGAGCAUCCAUUUUUUAAAGGUAUAGAUUGGACCCAAGUUUAUUUACAGAAAUAUCCCCCUCCCCUUAUACCACCGAAAGGGGAGGUCAAUGCAGCUGAUGCUUUUGAUAUUGGUUCAUUUGAUGAAGAGGAUACCAAGGGCAUCAAGCUUACUGAAUCUGACCAAGAAUUAUAUAAAAAUUUUCCAUUGGUUGUGUCUGAACGAUGGCAACAAGAAGUAGCAGAAACUGUUUUUGAUGCCAUCAAUAGUGAUACUGAUAAAUUAGAGCAGAAACGAAAACAAAAACCAAAAAUUGAUGAUGCUGAUGCAGGUCCAACAGAUUGUAUAGUGGAAGGAGAAGUUCUCAAAUUAGGUGGCCCAUUCUUACAAACUUGGCAGAAAAAACACCUUAAACUCUAUCCAAAUAGAUUAGAAUUUUAUCAUAAAAAUAGAGAUGGACAAAUUGUUAGGAGCAAGGGUGUUGAGUUAGUGUCGAUGUUAGAUCUAAAAGAAGUUUAUAAUGAUUUCCAAAAGCAGAAUAAAACAGAAAAUUGUAUAGUUCUAGUUCUUAAAACAGAUGCUAAACUAGCAAUUACCUCACCUGAUCGUGUGUUGAUAACACAAUGGAAGGAUGAAAUAAUCAACGCAUAUAAAAUGACUGCUCAAAUAAUGGCCAAUAUGAACAAGAAAGCUAGCAAACUCUAUGGUUCCGAUCUUACAAAUAGUCCGAGUAAUGAAAACUUAAAGACUCCUUUGGAGCAUCGUAACAGUAAUGGAGGGAGUUAA